CUCUCUCGCUCGGGUUUUCAGGUGAAGGCAGCAAUCCAAACGAUGUCGUCGGAGAGGAAGAUAACUCUGAAGAGCUCGGACGGGGAGACUUUUGAGGUGGACGAGGCGGUGGCUUUGGAGUCUCAGACGAUAAAGCACAUGGUGGAGGACGAUUGUGCCGACAACGGGAUCCCUCUGCCCAACGUCACCAGCAAGAUCUUGGCGAAGGUCAUCGAGUACUGCCGGAAGCACGUCGAGGCCGCUAAGCCCGAAGAACGCCCCGCCGUUGAUGAAGACCUCAAGGCUUGGGACGCCGAAUUCGUCAAGGUCGACCAGGCCACGCUUUUCGAUCUCAUCCUGGCUGCGAAUUAUUUGAACAUAAAGAGCUUGCUGGACCUGACUUGCCAAACAGUGGCGGACAUGAUCAAGGGAAAAACACCUGAGGAGAUUCGCAAGACGUUCAACAUUAAGAACGACUUUACUCCCGAGGAAGAGGAGGAGGUUCGCAGGGAGAACCAAUGGGCUUUUGAGUGAAGGGCCUGGAGAUGAACUCUUUUAUGAGCUGUGGUUGUGGAGUGCUGUUUCUAUCUGUUAUCUGAAGCGUUUUGUGACUUAGUUUCUAUCUGUUAUCUGAAACGUUUUGUGACUUAGUGAAGUCCUUUACGACUAUUAUUUACUUCCACCUCACUUCUAGCUCUUCUAGACCUGCAAACUGUGAUGUUAAGUGGUUCUCUUUUGUUAUGAUAAUAUAUUUAAAAUGUGGUUCUUACUCUA